AAUUUACUUUUUAGUUUUGGUCUUUGAUUGGGGUUUUCUCAUUCUUAAUCUGGGUUUUAGUCUAAACUUUUAAUUAAGGACUGGAUUAGCUGAUUAGUUGGGUUUGCUUUCUGUGUUAUUUGAUUACAAAAUUCACUGCUUUGGAAACAAUCUGAAUAACUAGUUUCUCUAAUCGUUAUUUUAUCAAUCUCUCUAACUUUCUCCGUGAUUUUGAAAUGAAGUGAUAAGUAAAGUUAUCAAAUUUACCAAUUUUUGUUGUUUGUGGAUUUUUUCAUGGUUGACUUUGUUAUUACCUAAAGAAGAGAAGGUCUAUGUUAAAACCCAGAUAUUAGUUUUUUUUUUUUUUUGGAAUUUGAUUCUGAGUUUGUUUCAGUAAUUGAAAGAUUCGCCAUAGUGUGAACUUUUGUUUUAGAGGUUUUUUUCUUCAAUAUUGAUGGAGUUAUUUAUGUUCAUGGUGGCUUCUUCUUUUACACGUCUCUAUGGCUUCAUCAAAAGCCAUAUUUAACUUUGCCAAAGUGGACGUAAAUUUCAUUCCUUGAGUAUUGAUUCCAUAUCUUAUGUAAUGUCCUUUCAGUAUCCUUAUGUAGAUGUUCUCCAAUCAUGUUCAUUCGAUAUUGCUCUAUAGCUGAAACAGGUUUUAAGUUUCAGGUUUAAAAAGAACAGAUCUUUUUUUAUCUCUUCGUUUUGUUGUAUUUGUUGAUGAUUAAAGGAGAAUUCUUUGAAAAAAGGGGUAGAGAAAAUGAGGUAGAGAAGCGGCUGAGAGCUAAGAGUUUGUGAUCUAAAUAAAGCAAAACAAAAAAAUUUGGAAUAUUCUUAAGAGAUUUUUUUUUUUUUUCUUUUCUGACUGGGGAAAAAGAUAGUAUCCGAAUUAAUGGAAAGGGAAUUGAUUCAAUGGUUCAUCUCCUCUUGUAUAAAGAAAGUUAUAUUCUGUAUAUAAACUUGCGUAUUGUGAGUCUCAUGUCUCGUUGUUAUUCGUGCGUCAAAGUUUCCUUCAUUGCAAAGCUAUUUGCCUUCUGAGUUAGGUUACUAUGACUCUGGCUAAUGAUUUCGGAUAUUCAACCACUAUGUCUUCAUCUUUUUCAGCUCUUCAUCCUACUGUAGAAGACAGAUACCGCAAGUUUCCUAACUCUUUCUGGGUAUCAGGGCAGGAACUGAUGAAUAACCCUGGACCCUGUCAGUCAGUGUCUGGCGGCAAUUCUGGAGGGUAUUUGUUUUCUUCUUCCUCCGGAUUCUGCAAUGUUUCAGCAGUGUCACCUCAUGGAAGGAAUUCACAAACCCAGCCACCUGUUUCCACCGUGCCAAGAGACAGAUUGGCUAUGCAGGACUGCACUUUGGAAGCACAAUCCUCCUCACUGAUCAAUCAUCAUCAGCCUCAAGAGUUCACAGAUCCACUUCAGGAGUUCUUUGAUUUCUCUGAUCAUGUUCCUGUUCAACAUCUACAAGCAGAGGAAAGUAGCGGUGUAAGGGUGGACUCAUCCGUGGAACUCCACAAGAAAAGCGAAUGGCAAGAUUGGGCAGAUCAGCUGAUUUCUGUUGAUGAUGGUUCAGAGCCAAAUUGGUCUGAUUUUCUUGGAGAUCCACGUUCCCACAAUCAAAAUUCAGAGAUACCGAUACCAUUUUCUGAUGUACCAAGGCAAGAUAUAAAAGCUAACCAGCAGCAUCAGAUGGUUUUGUCUGAGGAGCAGCUUAUUGGGAGAAACGCAUCAUCUAGCGUAGCAACAUCUAAACAACGCAUGCGUUGGACACCAGAACUUCACGAGGCAUUCGUUGAAGCUGUUAAUCAGCUCGGUGGUAGUGACCGAGCCACCCCUAAGGCUGUUUUGAAGCUCUUGAAUAACCCUGGCUUGACCAUUUAUCAUGUAAAAAGCCAUUUGCAGAAAUACAGAACGGCAAGGUAUAAACCAGAGACUUCAGAAGUUGCAGGAGAACCUCAAGAGAAGAAGUUGACAUCUAUCGAAGAUAUCAAAUCUCUUGACAUGAAAACGAGCGUUGAGAUUACACAAGCUCUAAGGUUACAAAUGGAAGUUCAGAAACGUCUUCAUGAGCAGCUCGAGAUCCAACGGACGCUGCAGUUACAGAUUGAAAAACAGGGCCGAUACCUACAGAUGAUGUUUGAGAAACAACAAAAGAUACAAGAAAACACGAGCUCUUGCUCAGAAGCAUCACUUAAGCAAUGCAACGACACAUCUGCAGAAGUCGAAUUCAGUCUUGACACACGAACAGUGGAACAAGCUGAAUCUCCUUCAGCAUCGAGGAAACGGGUCAGAGAAGAUUAAAACACACUUUUAAGGUUGGCUGAAACAUGUUUAUUGGGAAUUAAUUGUGGAAACCCAAAGAUGCAACAAGUCCAGUUUUGUUAAAAGAAUGUCUUUUCCUAGCUCAUUGUUGGUCAUUUUAGAAACAGUUGCUUUGGCCCUACAACACUAACUGGGACCAAUCUGUAUAUAUAAAAUGAUUUUGACAAGUCUAAUGGUUAUGACAGCUCCGUAUU